AUGAUUCGAUCUUCCAUUCGUCAGUUUGUUUGGUAUUCUAUUGGUAAUGGCCGGGACAUUAAUGCGUGGCAUGAUAACUGGUGUGAUCAUAGCCCGUUGGGUGAUUUCAUUACCCCAAGACGAAUCCAUGGAGCGGGUUUUAAUAUGCAGUCUACUGUGGCAGAUCUUGUUAGUCAUCAUAAUGAUUGGCUGUGGCCGGUUACGUGGCUUCAGUUUUAUCCGGCUUUGACGAAUUCUCUGCCUCCGUUUCUUAACCAAAGUACUCCAGAUAAGCUGAUUUGGAAGGAUAGACAACAUAUGCAAAAGGAGUUUAGUGCUAGUGAGGUUUGGGAUAAUAUCCGUUCGCGUGGGGAAGAGGUGGGUUGGGCCGAUUUGGUGUGGUUUAGUCAAUGUAUUCCUAGACACUCUUUUCACAUGUGGCUAGUUAUCAAGAACAAGCUGAAAACUCAGGAUCGUAUGGGGAUUUGGGAUGCCGGUAGUGCAACUAAUCUUAAUCUGAUGUGUUGUCCGCUUUGCAGGAAGGGUAAAGACUCUCGGGAUCAUUUAUUUUUUCAGUGUUCUUAUGGGGAGCAAGUGUGGAAUAUGGUUAAAGCUAUGGCUUAUAUGGAUGUAGUGGAUGCUAACUGGGACUCUAUCAUGACUUGGUUUUCAGAACACAGCUCGGGUAAAUCGCCAGAAGUGUUAGUUGGUAAAAUGGUUGUUGCUGCCUCAACUUAUUUCAUAUGGCAAGAAAGAAACAAUAGAUUAUUUUCUCCAAAUCAGCGGAAGGCUGCUUUGAUUGCUGAUAUUGUCCUGCAUACGGUGCGUAUGAAGUUGAUGACGUUCAAGGCAGGGAGAGGCUCCAGGAACCCGUUAGUAUUAGAGCGGUGGAAGUUCCAAGUGAAGACUAUGAGCAUCGAUCCAGGCUAA